AUGGCUACAUCUUGCUGGAGUCAAUCUAGUGCAAUCUUAGUUUGUGUUACCCUCAUCCUUUCGCUAAGUACCGCUACACCACUUCAACACUCAAAACGCCAGAAUGCUGGUAGCUUCGAUUUUAUCAUUGCCGGCGGCGGCACCGCGGGGUUAGCUUUGGCAGCACGAUUGACAGAGGAAGGAACACAUUCUGUCUUAGUCCUUGAAGCUGGUUCAAGGCCAGAUACGGUGGCCUCGUAUCAGGCACCUGGGGCUGACCUUCAGGUGCUGGGCUCUCCGAUCGACUGGGCUUUCGGCACACUUCCUCAGUCUGGCCUGAACGACCGUCAACUCAUAUACAACCAGGGACGGUGUCUUGGUGGCAGUUCUGCUAUCAACGGACUCGCCGGUUGGAGCUGGGAAGAGGUGUUUCCUUACUUCAAGAAGUCUACGACGUUCAACCCGCCUUCAGCAGAGAAUAUUACCGCGCAGGAUUACAACGCUUCAUUGUAUGCAGACGGUCCGGUGCAACUUGCUUAUCCGCCGUACGUGUAUGCAUACCCUGGGAGUGAAGCGUUCGUUGAGUCGCUCUCUGCUCUGGGCCUACCAAAAGUCCAGGACCUUAAUGGCGGCACAAACAUCGGUACGAAGCAUGAGCCGUUUACUAUGGACAACCAAUAUCGUCGUAGCUCAAGCUACGAUAGUUACUACAUGCAAGCGCGAAACAGACCGAAUCUCAAGGUUCUUGAGAUGUCUCCGGUGCAGCAAGUCAUCCUUGAAAAGGCUGGAGAUGCAGUUGUUGCAACUGGAGUUGUAUACAUUGACUACGCGACUGGUCAGACGCUAAACGCGACGGCAAAGAAGGAGGUUAUCUUGAGCGCCGGCGCACUGAAAACCCCUCAGCUGCUCAUGUUAUCGGGAAUUGGCCCCACUGAAAUCCUUGAAGAAGCCGGGAUCCAGCCGUAUGUUCUUAACGAGAAUGUAGGAAAGAAUCUCCAAGAUCACAUCUACUUUAGCGUCAUUGCGGAGGCCGACCCAUCCAUCUCGUACUCGCCCCUUUAUCACGACUAUUCGAAGCUUCAACAAGCAACGCAAGAAUACAAAGAAGCAGAAGGCCCACUCACAGCCCCAGUCGGCCUAGCAUUCGGCUUCGAGAAGAUCUCUUCCGACACACUCGCCAGUAUCGGCGCCUCAGCACUAGCUGCCCAGAACCGCUCUGACCAAGCGCACAUUGAAUACCUUUAUGAGACUAUCUACUACCCAAACCUUCCCUCCCCUUACUAUUCGAGCAAGGAGUACAAUACCUCCUACGUGAGCUUCACCGCUGCCAUUCUUGCGCCAACCUCCAGAGGAACCGUAUCCGUAUUGUCAAACAGCCUUUCGGACCCUCCUCAAAUUGAUCAACAGUAUUAUACAACCCCAGAAGACCGCGCCCUCGCCCUGUACUCAUUCAGAAAUCUCCGAAAACUCCUCGCCAAGUUCGCUACGUACAACUUCACCAUCGGCCCCAACAACGGUGAGGUAGCGCCCGGUCCACACGCAUUGCUCCUUCCCGUCACGUAUAAAUAUCACCUGCUCUGGCUUCCUAAAGUCGAACAUCCCAUCAUCACCAUCAUCGACAACUUCCACACUCAAGCAAAUACCACAAACACAUUUCCAACUUCCCUGUUCUCUCCACAACCAACCCAUCAAAAACCCUUCAAGAUGUUCACUAAGGCUAUCAUCCUCACUCUUGCCGCUGUCGCCGUUGCCGUUCCCACCAACGUGGCCCGCCAGGAUAGCUGUGGCAGCGACAGCACUGUCCACUGCUGCAACAACGAGACCGCUGACAAGUUGACUGGCCGUGGGCUUAUCCCCAUCAAUGCCGACAUUGCCGACCUUCAGAAUCUCCUCGGCCAAUGCAACGAUAUCACUGUUGCCGUUCUUGGUGGCGCCGUUCCAAUCAAGAACCUGUGCUCCCAGCAGGCUGUUUGCUGUGGCGAUAUGGAGCAGACGGGUCUCGUCAACCUCGGCUGCACCCCUCUCAACUUGUAG